GCGCGGGGCGGGGCCCUGGCGCGGGGCGGGCGACGGCGACGAGCCGGAGGAGAAAGAACAUGGCGGGCGCAGCGGGGCCUGGGACCGGCCCGGGGUCCGCCGGCGGAGAUGGGGACGACUCGCUGUACCCCAUCGCGGUUUUAAUCGACGAGCUCCGCAAUGAAGAUGUGCAGCUCCGUCUGAACAGUAUUAAGAAAUUAUCAACAAUUGCUCUAGCACUUGGAGUAGAAAGGACCCGAACUGAAUUGCUGCCAUUCCUUACAGAUACGAUUUAUGACGAAGAUGAAGUGUUGUUAGCUCUUGCUGAGCAACUGGGGAACUUCACAGGCCUGGUGGGAGGUCCUGAUUAUGCCCACUGUCUGCUGCCUCCUUUGGAAAGUCUGGCUACUGUGGAAGAGACCGUGGUUCGAGACAAGGCUGUGGAGUCCCUGAGGCAGAUCUCCCAGGAGCACACGCCCAUUGCUCUGGAAGCCCAUUUUGUGCCUCUGGUGAAACGCCUCGCAAGUGGGGACUGGUUCACCUCUCGCACAUCUGCGUGUGGCUUGUUCAGUGUUUGCUAUCCCAGAGCUUCAAAUGCUGUCAGGGCAGAAAUUAGACAGCACUUCCACUCCCUGUGCUCGGAUGACACGCCAAUGGUACGGCGUGCCGCGGCUUCCAAAUUGGGUGAAUUUGCAAAAGUUCUGGAAUUAGAAAGUGUGAAAACUGAGAUUGUUCCACUGUUCACUAAUCUAGCUUCAGAUGAACAGGAUUCAGUGCGCCUCCUGGCUGUGGAAGCCUGUGUCAGUAUUGCCCAGUUACUCCCUCAAGAUGACCUUGAGACCUUGGUCAUGCCUACGCUUAGGCAAGCAGCGGAAGAUAAAUCUUGGCGAGUUCGCUAUAUGGUAGCAGACAAAUUUUCAGAGCUCCAGAAAGCUGUGGGUCCUAAAAUCACCCUAAAUGACCUCAUCCCAGCUUUUCAGAACUUACUUAAAGACUGUGAAGCUGAAGUCCGAGCAGCUGCUGCCCAUAAAGUGAAAGAACUUUGUGAGAACUUGCCCAAUGAAGGUAGAGAGACCAUAAUAAUGAGUCAGAUUCUACCCUAUAUAAAGGAGUUAGUAUCUGAUACCAAUCAACAUGUCAAAUCAGCUCUAGCUUCUGUAAUUAUGGGAUUGUCUACUAUUCUGGGUAAAGAGAAUACCAUUGAACAUCUUCUACCUCUUUUUUUAGCUCAGUUAAAGGAUGAGUGUCCUGAAGUUCGUUUGAAUAUCAUCUCUAAUUUGGAUUGUGUCAAUGAAGUGAUCGGGAUCCGUCAGCUCUCUCAAUCUCUCCUUCCUGCCAUUGUGGAACUGGCUGAAGAUGCCAAGUGGAGGGUCCGGCUGGCCAUCAUUGAGUAUAUGCCACUGCUUGCGGGCCAGCUGGGUGUGGAAUUUUUUGAUGAAAAGCUGAAUUCUUUAUGUAUGGCCUGGCUUGUGGACCAUGUGUAUGCCAUCCGGGAAGCAGCUACCAAUAACCUCAUGAAAUUAGUUCAGAAGUUUGGUACAGAGUGGGCCCAAAAUACCAUCGUUCCUAAAGUGUUAGUAAUGGCGAAUGACCCCAAUUACUUACAUAGGAUGACCACUCUAUUCUGCAUUAAUGCGCUGGCAGAAGCCUGUGGUCGGGAAAUAACUACCAAGCAAAUGCUGCCCAUCGUCUUAAAAAUGGCAGGAGACCAAGUGGCAAAUGUUCGUUUCAAUGUAGCCAAAUCACUCCAAAAGAUUGGACCAAUUCUAGAUGCUAAUGCUUUGCAGGGAGAAGUGAAGCCGGUGCUGCAGAAGUUAGGUCAGGAUGAAGACAUGGACGUCAAGUACUUUGCACAGGAAGCUAUAAGCGUUCUGGCGUUGGCAUAAUGAACAACAAGAGGGAAAAGCCUUUACUAAAUAAUUAUCACAGAUUUCUAGUCAAUGUGUUCUUAACCUGGGAGGAGAAAAAAAUGGAAAACCUUCAAGAUCUCUUCCAAGCAAAUGGCAACAACAUAGAAGAAAUCAAACUCCAGUAACUUUCUAAAGAUGAAAUGAGAUUGUUUUUAUUCAUCUCUUUGUUGGGAUAAUUAUUUCAGGAUUUCCUAUUGACUGAUACUUCCUAAUUCCUGAUAGCACAGUCAGCUCGUGAUUGUCUCUUAAAGAUUUUUCCUGCACUGUUGGGCUCUUGCCUCCUUGCUUCUGGAUCAAGCCCCAGCCGCUUCCCGUCCAGAGCAAAGUCUGGAUGGGUGUGCACGCAGACUUGGAGCGGGGUGAUUCUCCUGUUGUUUACAUAGGUCUGUGUGAGCUUCUCCAUCAUUCCAAAGUUAAACGUAAAUGGUUUAGGAUAACUUAUUUUAUAAAUUCUCUAUUGGGGGAUAUAUCGAGAUGUCACUGUAAUGAAAACCACGUUUUCCUGGGUUCUGAUGGGCUGCUCCAGUGUCUCACAGGAAAGGGGAGUGUGGAAACUCAGGGUUAACAUGUUGGUUGAUCUGCUUUGUAUUUGCUUGAUUUCGUCUGUAAUCAUGACAUUGAGAAACUUGAAGUGUUGGAUGUAUCUUGCUGCUAAUGUGUGACGUUGACACCUAACCAUUUCAAUGGCUUGCCAUUGUGACUGCCGUAAAUUCUCUCUUCUCUUCUGAGGAGCUUCCACCGUGGUCCUCCUACAGCGCAGUAGUUGUACUGUCCUACAGCUGCAGGACUGCAGUUCGUCUUUGGAAUGAGUGUUGGACCCCACCACCCCACCUUGCGGGUUUCCCAGACUGCCCGGUCUGCCCCCCACAGUGCGGAUGUCACGCUCCAACUCAGGUUUCGUUGCUAAUUUUUUGGUACGGGUGAUGCUGGAAUCUUAUUUGAAGUGUUUACUUUUCUACUUUUACAGUAAAACCUCAUUAAUUCCUCCUGGAAUUUAAGGUAGUAAGUUGGGCUAAAGGAUUCGCUGAAGCAAAUGAAUAGCCUGCAAGAAGCCUGUUCAUACACGUCACCAGUUUUAAAACUCGCGUGUCAUUUGCCAGCAGACAUGCAGCUCCCACGCAGUUACUUGCAGUUACUUCACAUGCUUCCCUGGGGGUCUCUAAGAGCUCCCAUGUUUUUUUUUGCUGAAGACUGUGCUUUUUAAUCCUUGAAAUAUAUGCAUUUAUAUUUCAUGAGAGUUUAUGUUUCUUGCAAAUAAACGCGUUUUUCACCUAAUCAAACUGUGUGGCUAACAAAUUCUAGUUAAUGAGGUCUUACUAUAGUAUAGUUUUCUCUCAGUGCUUCUUGUUUUGUAGUUGGGUGUUAGUUACUGUUUUGGUUUUGGAAUUCAUUUCAUUUACUGCCUCUUUUAAAUCAACUAAGCUCUGUUUUGUUUUGUGAAGGUCCAAAGACACCUAUAUAACUUAUUAAACAAUUAUAUAAACUGAA